AUGUCAAGGUCCCUCGUACAUUUUCUCUCCCUCAAUGUGGAAGAGAACAAUGACGCGAGAGCCUGCUUCAAUGACCUGAUUCGAGAGGAAGAUGGGGAUGCAUCUGCAAAUCAAAAGACGGCAGUCAGUCCUCAAGAUUCUGGUAACCCGCAUUGGGAACAUCCGUCGACAAGCACACAAGCCAGCAUUGCUCCUUCCGCGAGCGGCUUGUCACUGCAAGGUACAAUUAUCGGUGCCAGUCAGUCAUAUAUCACGAAGGUCUGCCGGGCCCUCAUGAUGUACGGUGCCCCAACACACCGCCUCUAG